AUGGUGGGUCUUUUUCUAGAAUGGCACCCUGACGGGCAAGAUGAUUUCGACGGAGUCUACGAUAUACACUCCCAGACGGAUGAUGAAGGUGCUGAAGGGCCAGAUAAUUUCGACGGAGUCUACGAUGUACACUCCCAGACGGAUGAUGAAGGCGCUGAAUGGCCAGAUGAUGCGCCGGAAAAUGUCGAUGAACCAGACGGGUGUAUGUCUACAAUUUCUAUUGAUGGGGAGUAUUAUGUUAGCGGCGGCGCGGCAAGUUCCGAACAGGAAGUUUACGAGCCGGAAAAUACUACCCCCAGAACGUCCGUUGAUGAAGCUGAUGGAGGCUUUUGGGUCUCCCAUGAACAACCAGAACAUCUAAUGAGGGGCGGGAACAGCCAGGAUAAGCGUGCAAUAAAGAGAAGUGAGAAGAAGAAUGUGGGGAAAGAUCACAGGCAGGGGAAGGGAGGAACAGAGAAACAGAAGGGGGGGAAGGGUAAAGAGAGGAAAAGUGACAAGCAGAAUAUGAAGGAGAAUGAUAAAAAUGGCGAAAAGCAGAGGGGGAAAAAGAUUCAAUGGAAGAGAGAUGAAAAGGGGAAGAAGGGCGAGAAGAAGGAGGAAAGGGGGGAUAAGGAUAAGGGAAAGAAGGGGGAACGGGUGGAUAAGGGGAGGAAGGAUGGUAAGGAGAAGAACGAGGAAAGGGGAAAGAAGGCGGACAGGGGGGGAAAGGCGGAUAAGGGGAAGGACAAGGUAAAGGACAGGGUAAAGGACAAGAAGGAUGAGAAUGAUAAGGUAAAGGACAAGAAUGAUAAGGUAAAGGACAAGGUAAAGGACAAGAAGGAUGAGAAGGACAAGAAGGAUGAGAAGGACAAGAAGAAGGGAAAGAACAGGAAGAAGCCCGCCAGAAAAGUCCCAAGAAUCCCCUGGAAAUCCAUUUUUUGUUAUUGUUUUGAAUGA